AUGAAUACAUUUAUCCCCUCUGAUACUAAUUGUAGUGUGAUGAAUUGUAAUAACACAGAUUUGAGUGAACCGAUACCGUAUCAGGAUAUACACGUAUUUUAUCCCGAUAAAGGAAGCGAAGAUGGAACAUUAUAUUUUAAAAAAUGUUCAAAAUGUACUGCAAUUUAUUAUUAUAAUUUCACUUUACUAAGUAAUGGUAAACGAAUAAGUUCUUUCAAAGCCGACAAUGAUGUCGUUCUAUGGUUUGCUAAUGUUGGUUAUGAUAAACGACUUAUGCAUCAAUUAGACUCCGAUAUUUUACAUAAACAUAGUGGUUUUUCGAAUUUUGCUAGUGCCUAUAAUUAUUUUUGCGAAACAACAAAUAUCGUUAAUCGAAAACCUAUGGAUAGAGUACAUCUUGAAAAGACAUGGUUUUUUUGGCGAUUAACGCAUUAUUUUGAAGGUGAGCACAUAAAUUUAGCAACGCCAGCGAGUUUUGAGUUUCAUGCUGCUCUAAUGAAUCUACGAGAAGUCUGUCGUACCGUGUUUAUUAAAAGAUGGAACAGACAAAAUCAUUCUCAGUAUUGUAUUAAAGAUUGUAGUCAACUUCUUGUUCUCGAUGGACAUCAGAAAGCAACCAGACGAGUCUGUUCAGUCAAAGAACUCACUUCACCAAGUAGAGAGUUAGGAACGGUGAAAGUUGGCUGUCCUCAUACUCCAAAAAGAGGAGAGAAAAAUUGUAUUGAGCAUAUUUUUUCCCAAGUGCCUCCUAUAAUACCUUCAGUGAGAAAAAUGAGGAAAAGAUAUAAUUUACGAAGAAGAAAAGCACGAGAAACAACGACGCGGUUUCUAACAUGUCGUACAUUAAAAGCAAAAAAUCAAAAACGCUUUCUACAUCGAACAUCUGGUAUAAUUGCUGCAGUUUAUAACUGUGGAUAUAUUUGUGCACUUCAAGAACUAUAUGGUUCAGAAAGUAAGAUAAAAGUCAAUUUAAUUCAAAAACUUAAUGGCAAUACCAUUGUUCAUGACGGUACUGCGGUCGUUAUUCAUCAGAAAGGUACAUAUCAGACGAUUAACGACACGUUUAUGGUAGUUUAUUCUCGACCUGUUACACAAUAUAUGUGUCAUAGUCUCUCACUAGAGUUAAUCGAAGGUCUCGAAGCUUGUUUAGACUAUCGUAGGCAGCUCUUGAAUGAUUCGAAAAAUACGUUUCAUCAUAAUAUGAACGAUAUGUUGAAAGCUCAGACGUAUACUCGAAACAGACGAGCACUAUUUGGGAUUGGUUUUGGUCUAGGAGUUUUGACAGGAGGGAUUGUUGGCACAAUAGUAGACCGUAUUGGAAACCAAAAGCUGACAGGUCGUAUACAGCAGUUAGAAGAAAUAGCUGAGCAACACAGAAAGAUGUUCAUAAGUACACGAGCGUUGAUCAUGGAUAUCUCUCAGUCUAUGUUAAAUGUUGUGACUCGACUUAGCACUGAUGUAAAUGAGUUGAGACAAUCAAUAUAUAAUGCAUUUAGUACAGUUUUACGGAUUCGACAGGACAUAAAUCAGAUGGCGAUUUUGAAUAUUCAACGUGAAUUAAAAAACGAUUAUAAAGCGCUAAGUAAAUCACUCGAACGUAUUCACGAAAAUGAGUUAAAUCUUGACUUUCUUGAUGUUCAUGAUGAAGCUGUUAUGAGUGAAUUUAUUUAUAGUAAAAUUAAACAUUUAAUCCCAGGAAAAACUCAUUCAAUAGCCACUUUAGUUUCGAGUAUGUUAAUUCAUCAGAAAGUCACAUUUGAACCAGCAAAAUCAUCGGAAUUAAAUGAAACUUUUCCCGAUAUUUUUACUAUCGUUACUGAAGGAAGUGAUGGAACAUUUUCAAGUGAAAAUAUGAAUUUCUCUGGAAUUUUGCCCAAGUUCAUCGGAAAUAUUGUCAUUAAAACUUUCGUUUCAUCUCCUAGUAGUAUCAUUAAUCGGUUGUACUCCGUCACGCCAAUACCGUAUUUUGUCACUGAAUCUUCAGCUGUUGAGGUAGUUGAUUUACCUAAGCUAAUUGCUUUUGGUGACAAUGGCACAUAUACCGAAUGGACCAAUUAUCCUAGUCGUGAAGAAUGUUUUAUUGGUCAAAAUUCUUAUUGUAGAAUUCCACCAAUUGAAUUUGAUGAAAUAAAAAAUAAAUGUAUUAGAGGAAUACUAGAGUGGAAUGAGACAGAAUAUUGUUAUAUUGAACAGAAAAAAAUAUAUUCUCCUCUUAGUAUAAAUAUAGAAAAAAAUGUGUGGGUAGUAUCAACAUUCAAAAAUAUAACUUGUCGACAGUCAAAUAAUAAGAACACGUUGUUUGAUCUAUCAGUUCAAAAAAUUGGCAUUAUUCAUACCAACUGUCGUCAGGAGUUUGUGUGCACACAUCAUACCUAUAAAGGUGGUAGUUUAUGCAACGAUACUCCUACAUAUCUCUUGGAAGUUAAGCGCACUGAAAAAUUGAUUCCGUUGGGAAAAAGCAUUCACGAAAUCGAAACGGAAUUAACAAAAUUAUCAUACGCGUUCAAUAAUUCAGAUCUGAUGCGCCAAAUUGAAAAAACCUUAAAUACUGCACGUUUACAAAAAUUAAGUUUGACUGCCAUAGUUAAAGCAUCACCAGCACUGUAUAUUACCCUCACUAUUAUUCUCAUUGCACUUAUUAUUAUUUUAGUGAUUUUAGUUGUAGUUGCAUGCAUGAACUCAAAGAAAUUUCUGAAUGUUCUCGUCAAAAACGAUAAAAAAAUGAGUCAGGUUGUUAACCAAAAAAGGGAAGAAAAGCUUAGUGAUCCUAUGUAUAAAUAUACUAAAGGUCGAGAUGACCGAGGAAGUUUUGUAUUUGAGGAUGAACUGUUGUAUGCUGUUGUAUGA